GGUGUCUGGUGUGUGUAUGUGUUGUAUGUAUGGGAAUCUUUGGAGUAUCCAAGCUUCGGCUGUGAAAGGAAAGAUAAAAGUUGUUGCAGGUGUCGUCAGUCAGAUGCGUUUGUGUACUAUGUUUUGGUGAGUGUUGUGUUGCGUAAAUUUUUGGGAUUGUGUACAAGACACAAGAGACAUGUCUUUGAAACCAAAGAAUGUUGAUUUCAAUGAAACAUGGAGUGCUUUAAGAGAAACUGUAAAAGGAGUACUAACACUUAGUUCUGUACCUCGGUCUGUUUGGAAUGAUCGCUUCAGUGAUGUGUAUUCACUCUGUGUUGCGCAUCCUGAACCACUUGCUGAUCGUUUGUACCUGGAAACAAAAGCUUUUUUAGAUGCCCAUGUCAGAUCUCUAUUGGAACAAGUGCGAGCAAAUGGUGAAAACAAUCUUCUCAGAGCAUACUAUCAAGCUUGGAGCCAGUAUAGUCUUGGCUGUCUUUAUCUGCAUAAAUUGUAUUUGUACUUGAAUCAGCAACACAUCAGGAAACAAAAACUGUCAGAAGCUGAAAUAAUAUACGGCAAUCUUAGUGCUGCACUGCAAGAGCAGAUGGAAGUUGGAGAACUAGGUCUUGAAAUUUGGAAAAAGAAUAUGAUACAACCAUUAAAGGAUAGUUUGGUUAGUCUUCUUUUGGAAGGCAUACAUCAAGACCGUCUAGGAGAAGGUAAUCCAAAUUCAACAGAUAUCAUAAGGGGCGUGAUACAGUCUUUUGUCAGUGUUGAAGAAUUCAAGAUGAAAGGAAACCUAUGUUUAUAUGAAGAAAUAUUUGAGACACCUUUCCUUGCUGCUAGUGGGGAGUACUAUAAACUUGAAGCUAGCAGACUACUGCAGACAUGUGAUGUUUCAUUGUACAUGGAGAGAGUCACCCUUCAGUUGAAGGAAGAAACACUUAGAAGCCAAAAAUUCUUGCACUGCAGCAUUGAAUUGCUAGCAAAAUACUGUGACUCUCUAUUGAGAAAGUCAGCAAAAGGGAUGUCAGACACAGAAAUAGAUGAUCGGCUAGCACAGUCCAUAACAAUAUUUAAGUACAUUGAUGAUAAAGAUGUCUUCCAGAAAUUUUAUUCAAGGAUGUUAGCAAAAAGAUUAAUACAUCAGCAGAGUCAGUCAAUGGAUGCUGAAGAAGCUAUGAUCAACCGACUGAAACAAGCUUGUGGUUAUGAAUUCACAAACAAACUUCAUCGCAUGUUUACAGAUAUAUCAGUUUCAUCUGAUUUCACUAACAAAUUCAAUGACUUUCUGAAAAGUACAUAUGGAUGUGACUUGGGAUUCAAUUUUUCCAUGUAUGUCCUGCAGGCUGGAGCUUGGCCUCUUACGCAGACGACAAUUACAUCAUUCUCAGUACCUAAGGAACUGGAGAAAGCUGUUCAAAAGUUUGAAACAUUCUAUCAUAAAGGAUUCAGCGGGAGGAAACUGACAUGGCUGCAUCAUCUUAGUCAAGGUGAAUUGAAACUUGGAUAUCUUAAAAAGCCAUACCAAGUUACAAUGCAGACAUUUCAAAUGGCCAUCCUUCUUCAGUUUCAAGAGGUCGACUCAUUAACUUGUCGAGAAGUGCAAGAAUGUUUACAACUCUUCGAUGAACCUUUUAAUAAACAUGUUAUGGGUCUAAUUGAGUCAAAACUGUUGAUGGCUGAUAAUCAGGCUCUAGGACCUGAUACUGUGUUGCGUCUUAAUAAAGAGUACACAAACAAAAGGACAAAAUUCAGAAUUACUACUAUCGCCCAUAAAGAAUCCCCACAAGAAAUAGAACAAACCAUAUCUGCUGUGGAUGAGGACAGAAAACUUUACUUACAGGCAGCAAUUGUGAGGAUUAUGAAAAGCCGGAAAGUACUUAAGCACAAUUGUCUGAUUCAGGAGGUAUUGAGGCAGUCAAAAGCUUCGUUUGCACCAACAAUAAAUCUUAUCAAAAAAUGUAUAGAAGCCUUAAUUGACAAGCAGUAUAUUGAACGUACUCCACAUUCACCAGAUGAGUACAGCUAUGUGGCGUAAAAAUGUGACUCUCAAGAUGACUCUUAAGGAUGCAAAAGCAUUUUCCUUGCUUUUGAAUAUACGAAUGGUUACUACCACUACAGUUAUUUACUAAACUUGAGAGAGUGAUUGAAAGUGUAAACAUAAUUUUCAUUGUAAUUGUGUUUCUUUUGCAAUUCUGAUUGUGUUUGCAAUGAACUUGUUGAGCCACUUGUAUUCCAGCAGUGUUUUGAUGUUGCUUACAGUGUGGAUGCAAUUAUGCUUUGUGGCUUUUGAUAACUGUUGUGAAGUAUGUAGUUGCUGUACAGGAUUAAAUUAAGACUGUUGUUUGGGUGGGAUUCCCCCCCCCCCCCCUCUCUCUCUCUCUCUCUCUCUCUCUCUCUCUCUCUCUCUCUCUCUUCUCUCUGUGUGUGUGUGUGUGUGUGUGUGUGUGUGUGAGAGAGAGAGAGAGAGAGAGAGAGAGAGAGAGAGAGAGAGAGAGAGAGAGAGAGAGAGAGAGGAGGCUGGGAUUCACACAUAUUUGUGUGGGUUGAGAGAAACCUGGAAGGGAGGGGGAUGGUGUGUUGUCUGGAUGUGAGUGAGGAGGGGAAAUGGGUGUAUUUGUAAGGUCAUUCCUCUGAAUAAGUUUUUCUAGGAGGAGAGUGAUGUAGUUGUUAUUGUUACUGCCAUUGCUGAUGAAAGUUCUGAAAUCUCUCAUGUAAUAAGAGAUAUCAUCAUCUAAUGAGAGAUAUCUUUUUAGAGAGUGACCUCUGCAGCUAUUUCAAAUUUUGUCUAGAGAAUUGAAAGAAUUUACUAUGUAUGAAAAAGAAGCAAUGUUCCACUUAAAGAUGUUCUUUGCGACCUUGGCCAAAGGAAUUUAAUAGCAAAAUAAAUUGAAAGAAUGGGCAGAUCAGAAACUUUUCUGUCUGUUUUGUUGACAUCAUAGUAUUAGGUGAUCUGUUCUGCGUGCAGAGACUGCUAGUGCUACACAUUCUGUCUUGCACUUCUACCAAUAUAUUUUCAGAAUACAUGUCUAUCAUUAGACUUUAAACUUCAUUUUGGUGCUUUUAAUCAGCAUGUAUUUACCAUUUUCCUAGUUUGUAACUAUGCUGGUACUGUGCAAAAUGUAUGAUGUCAAAAAUAUUUUACCUGCUUUUGUAGAGUGAAUGGGAAAUGCAAGUUGCAGUUGUUCACCCCAUUUUCCCUCCAGGAAUUCUGUAACUGUAUUGUGGGAUGUUGUUGGUCUAGCAGAAGAAAAUAUUUAAAAUAUUUCGUACAGUGUUGAUAUGUUGUGUUGAUGUGUACUAAAGAAUGUAUGUCUUAAUGUAAAAUAUAAUAAAUAUUCUUCAUAGUUCUAAA